AUGGAAGCCGUCUUCUAUCUUUUGUGUGCACAUAUGAAUGUUUUAACAGGGAUUAUGGGCACGGGAAACAAUCAACUAACCAAUCCAUUUGGAAUUGCACGAGAUCCAAGUUUGGGUACUUUGUAUAUAGCAGAUGAAAGUAACCAUCGGGUGAUGAGCUAUUUAGCAGGAGCAUCAUCAGGAACUGUAGCAGCUGGUGACAAUGGACAAGGAAUAAAUAAUACACAGCUCAAUUAUCCAGUUGGUGUUUACUUUGAUUCGUCGUCAAACAGUCUUAUUAUUGCCAAUACUGGUGCUAACAAUAUUGUUCGUUGGGUGAUAGGCGCCAGCAGUUGGACACUUGUGGCUGGUAGUAUCUUCGGAUUGAGUGGUAAUACAACGACAUUGCUCAACUAUCCAGUAGGUGUGAUAUUAGAUUUCAUGGGCAAUGUUUACGUAGCCGAUAGGAACAAUCAUCGCAUACAAUUUUUCUUGGCUGGUCAAUCAACUGGUACAAAAAUACCUGGCCAGACAAGUAUAUCUGGUAACACUCCUACAUUACUCAAUAAUCCUUAUUCAAUGGUACUCGACGCUCAACUCAAUCUAUAUGUAGCAGAUACAUAUAACAAUAGAGUACAAAAGUUCAUGCGUUGCUAA